UUCUAAGUUUCUGUGACGGAUAACCUAAGCAUCCUUAGAAAGCAUAUAGAAGACUUUUUUUUUCAAAAAAAAAAAAAAUCCAAGCUCCAAUCGUGGGAACUGAACCAGGCCUUAUCUAAAAGAAGUAAAUUCUGCAUGGUAAAAAUAAAACAAAAAACCUGGCAAAGAGAUUCUCUUUGCCUGGCAAAGAAUCUCUCUAUAUCCACUUAUUACCGUUGAAGGGCCCCAUCUUGCCGCCAAAAAUGACUACCAUCUUCGAUCACAACCGUCGGAUACAAACGAUAAUAAAAACGAACAAUGGGCCCAUGGGACCCCACACCAGUGCAAUUCCAAAGAGCAAGAAAACGAAGUGUCUCCUCCUUCCCACAAGUGUUCUUCAAAUCAUCACCAUCCAUUCAGUGCCUCCUCUCCUCCUGUACUAGUCUUUUUUAAUCGACUUGGAGUCCACUUUAAGCGAUUAGGAUCCCAGAUGGGUGGUUUUUCCUUUUUCCUUUUUCUGAUUUGUUUUUCCAUUUUGGCGUUAAAUUAUUCAACUCCUGCCAUUUCUUGAUGAAUCCUUAUCUGGGGUCAUUGUCAAUUGUUACUGUCUUUGUUUAUUUUGUUUCUUGGCAUCUUUUCUUUAGUAUUUUUUAGCUUGCGGGUCUAUCUUAGAUUACUUGUUUUACUUUUCUUAUCUCUUUGUUGAUGACAUUAAUUGGUAAAUUCUCAAUCGUUGAUUUAAAAUUCUUGAAUAUAUGGUGUUGUUUUAGUUUUGAGGAACUAGAGUUCCAAAAAUCAAAACUUUGAGGUGGUGGAGUGAGAGAUGUUUGAUGCAGCUAUGAAUUUAAUCACUACAGUUAUUGGUUUUGGUAUGAGUGCUACUUUUAUUGUGUUUGUCUGUACAAGAAUUAUAUGUGGGAGGCUAAGAGGGGCCGAGUCCAGGCAAAUGCUUGAAAUUGAGUCCAGAAUCGAUAUUGAACAGCCAGAGCAUGGGAUUAGUGGCCUUGAACCAGUUCUAGUUGCUGCAAUCCCCACUUUACGGUUCACACGUGAGGCGUUCAGUUCUGCAGAAGAUGCACAGUGUUCGAUAUGUUUAGGGGAAUACCAAGAAAAGGAAGUGUUGAGGAUCAUGCCCAAAUGUGGUCACAACUUUCACCUCUCUUGCAUCGACGAAUGGCUAAGAAAACACUCUACAUGCCCAGUCUGUCGGUUCCAAAUACAAGACUCUUUCAAAGCAAAGCACAUGAGACAGGCUGCAAUUAGUAUGGUCCAAUCAAUUGACAGUCCUGAUACUCCAAGUGAACAUUCUAGGCAAUGGCUGCUACCCAGCUAUCAGCAUCAAGCGGGGAACCACAGUAAUCAAAGGCAUCUUGACCCUCUUCCUGGAAACUCAGAAAUUACUCCCGGAGAACCCCAAACAAGCCAUUCGUGAACCAAAGAAAUUGGUGCUUUCAAGACAUUAAUUUAUACCUUUAUUCUUCUGAGCUCUGCUUGCAUGUGUGCUUUAAGCCAACUUUUACACUUCGAGGCAUUGGAUCACAUGGCGGAGUAGUUUUAUACAACUUGAGAUUUUGUAUAUUUCAUUUGUACAUAGCACUUCUUCAGUCCUUUGCAUUAGAGUUACUCUUGGACUCAAGUCCAAUUCAUUGUGAUAGAAUUUCAAUAAUCUUGAAAGUUCAAAAAAGAAACUUGAACCA